AUGGUGGAGGAUCUCCUGAAAGCAGGUCAUUUGAAACAAUAUAUUCGACCAGCUCCUCAAGGUGAAGAAUCUCCCCGUAACCGAGGCCCACGCGCCCCAGCAGCUCCUGUUAGGACAAUGAUCAACUACAUAUACGGAGGACCCUUGGAUGACGAGUACAAUUCCAAAAGGAAAAGACAGAGACUGCUGCGAGCAGCCACGGUUCGAGAACACGUGAGCUCCAUCCGACCAGGAUUAGCCACUGGGAGCACCCCUCCCAUAGAUGGAACCAUUAUCUUCCCCGCUAUAGAUCCAACCCGAUUGCUGCAACCGGACCGAGAUGCUCUCGUCCUAACAGUAGGGGUGAGAGACUACGACGUGAAAAGAAUUUUGAUCGACCCAGGUAGCUCUGCAGACUUGUUGCAGGUGGCAGUCAUUAAACGAAUGGGCUUCAAACCCUCCAGCUUAGAAAAUCCCGGAAGAACCUUGUCCGGAUUUAAUGGUUCCUCCACAACCUCACUCGGAGAUGUAAUACUGUUGGUUUAUGUUGGGCCAGUCAUCCUAAACGUUCUGUUUUCUGUGGUUGAGGAUUUAUCUCCUUUCAAUGCCAUCUUGGGACGUACGUGGUUACACGGAAUGAAAGCCAUUCCUUCCACGUAUCAUCAAAAGGUCAGCUUCAUUACCCGAGAUGGGCAAAUUAAUCUUUACGGAAGCCAGCUUGCUGCUUGA